AUGGAUGAUUUAGCUCUCCUCGACCUGUUGGAGUGUCCUGUGUGCUUUGAGAAGCUCGACGCCACAGCGAAGGUGCUGCCUUGCCAGCACACUUUCUGCAAGCCCUGUCUGCAGAGGAUCCUGAAAUCCCAGAAGGAGCUCAGGUGCCCCGAGUGCAGGACCCUUGUCCUCUGCAGCAUCGAGCAGCUGCCCUCCAACCUGCUCCUCAUUCGCCUCCUGGAUGGAGUCAGGUGCGGACAAAACGUUACCAGGUUUGGCUCGAUCCAGCGGUCGGGGGUCCUGUCCUCCCCUGCCUCCAUCAGGAGAGUCCCCAGGGGGCUGCAACUUCAUCAGCACCGGCUGGCGACAAACCCCAGGGUCCACAUGGAAGGGGUCCCGCGAGCCAAGGCGCUGUACACCUACCGAGGGCACAACCCCGGGGAGCUGAGGUUCAAUAAGGGGGACAUCAUCGUGCUGCUGCGACAGCUGGAUGAGAACUGGUAUCUGGGGGAGGUCAACGGGAUCAGCGGCGUGUUCCCAGCCAGCUCCGUGCAAGUCAUCAAGCACCUGCCCCUGCCACCGCCCCUCGGCAGAGCACUCUACAGCUUUGACCUGAGGAGCAGGGAUAAGACCGAGAACAAGGACUGCCUGACGCUUCAUAAGGCACCCAGGGGUACGGGCAGGACAGGGGGCCUCCGGAGAGGGACGCAAGUGCCCGCCAUGAGCAGCGACUGCAGUCCCUCAGCUCAGCUUCUCGCCCACACUGCUGUCGUGGAUGAGGAGUGGCUGAUGGUGCCAAACACCACUGCGAGGCAACUCCUGCAGACCAGCAAAAGCCACUGGUCCCCUCAGUUCAAGUGCACGUCCCUACGAGCGGUGUCUCCCAAAGCAAAGGGCGCGGAUUCGCCGCCUUUCCCCAAGGUGCCCGACUCCAGGCGGAAGAGCCUGCGGCAGUUCUCCAUCACCACCGCCCUGAACACCCUCAACCGGAUGGUCCAUGCGCCCGCCGAGCGGCAGGCGCUGGAGAUCAGCUCCCCCGUCCUCAUCAGCUCCAGCAACCCCACCGUGGCCACCCAGAGCAGCGAGAAAGCGGAGUUUCCCUACGGCACCCCUCUCCAGGUCAGUGCAUCUUACUACCCUGCACCGGGAUCACUGGGGCACUCAGCAGCCAUCGUUACUCUUCCCCAUCUGCAGCACCACAUAUCAGCUUAUAUGUGCGUGGCUCUCCAUUCCUACGUGGCUCACGGACCGGAGGAGCUGGAGCUGCAGAAGGGAGAAGGGGUCCGCGUCUUUGGGAAAGACCACGACGGCUGGCUGCGGGGCAUGUCCCUCGUCACGGGGAGAGUGGGGAUCUUCCCCAGCAACUACGUCGCUCCCCUCUUCAGGAAAUCUAAUCUCUCCGACUCAAAGAUGCCUUCCCUGUAUGCCUCGUGGACGCUAUCGACCUCCUCGCUCUCCUCCCAAGGCAGCAUCUCGGAAAACGGCCCCCGACAGAGCAGACCCUUGAAGCCAGCGCUGCUGCCCGUGCCCGUCACCUCGCCCGGGAGGACCGCGGCUGUGGCGGCCUCGGGACAAGCAUCGCUGCGGCGCGGACGUGGCAGCACGAGGAAGAACGGAUCCCUGCAGAGGCCGGGGCAGGCAGGGACCCCCGUGCACGUUGCCGGCUCCCUCAGGCGUCCUUCCAUGGCUGCGGUACGCCCUCAGCAGUUUCAGGUGUACCAGCACGCCAGCCCCCAGCCGCACAGCAUCCCUCCUGGUGCUGGCAUGGCCGAGGCAGGAAUGAGACCAAACUUCUCCCACGACGCUUCACCGGCACUUGUGGUCAGAGGAGGGGAAAGCAGAACUCCCUCUGUGUGCAGCUCCGUGAUCCUGGAUGCCAAAGACCCUCCAGCGAAGAGCGAGGCAGCUCCAAAGCCACCUGCGUCAGCCCCGCCAUCCAUCCUGGUGAAACCAGACACGUCCCGCAACAGCGCCGAGAAGCGGGAGGUUCGCAGGUCAGAGCGUUCAGCCGCAGCGGGUUCGGGGACGGAGCGAAAUCCCGUGGACGAGCGGUCGCCCAUCACUGCCUCCUGCGUGACGCGAAGGACCCCCGGCUGGACGCACGCGGGAGACAACCUGAUCGAAACCCCCCGCUUCUCCUCCCUGCACCCAGACGGGCGGAACAGCGGCACAGGGACGUACUCCUUUCGCUCCGGAAAGCCCCUGCAGGGGACACGAGCCUGCUCUCUGUCCUGA